AUGGAGGAGGCUAUGAAGAAAACGGAGGAAGAGCUGAAAAAUUUGAAACUUCAACGAAUCCGACUUUUGAAAGAGCAACGCGCCGAGGCCAGCAAAUUUACAACAUUCAAACAGAAGCAUGAAAGAGAGAUGCAACAAAUGAAGACGAAACUUCAAAAGAGGGAAAUCGAUGUUGCUCGACAAAAGCGAAUUGAUGAGCAAAGAUUUGCUGUUCUUCAACAAGUGAGUUAAUUUAUUUCAGUGAUUUAUUUAAAACAAAUUUAUUAUUUCAGCGUUUGGCGGAAUCGAAUCGUGCCAAUAAAGCGCUCAAAGAAUUGAAUGCAAAACGAGCAACUCGAAAAGAUUCAUCAACAGAUCCAGCAACUCUUCAGGUUCGAAAUAGAUAUAUUCAAAAACCAGACAAAAAUAAUAAUUUUUCUAACAAUAAUAGAAUUUACGGUAAAUUGCCUACUAAAAACCGUGCUUUACCACGUUUUCACUGAUUCAUUGCAAAAAUUUAUGUAAUUAGAUCUUAGCCCAAUGUAAAUACUAAACCGAGUGAUGUUUUAUCGUGUCGUGUACAUAUUAUAAUUAUUAAGUCAUAAAUAUUUUCUAGCUUUUGAACCCUAAUGACUUGAUAAUUAGACAAAAAAAAACAACUCCAGUAUUAAUCAAGGCUUUUUGAUUCACAUGGCCUAGAAACCGACUGAAAAAUAUUCUCGAUUUUCAGAGUGUUAUCGAGGAAGAACUUGAAGUUGAAGCUGCUUCUCAGAGAUGUCAAAAUCUUUGCAAAGAAUUGCGUAGACAACGAGGAGAAAUUCAAGGACAAAUUGAUCAAUUGGAAGAACAACAAUUCUCAUCUGGAAAACGAAGACGUUUGAAUGAUGAUCCAGAUGUAUCAAUUGUAAUGGAAGGCGAGGAAGAAUUUGAAGAAGCUAGACAAAAGAAAUUGGCCGAAUUGAGAUCAUCAUUGGAUGAUAUGUAAGUUUUAUUAAAAAUAAAUUCAUAUAUCUAAAUAAAAAUUCCACGAAAUGAUGUGAAUAGUAAAAGGUCUGAUAUAAUCUCAUUUUUUAUUCAAGUUUGAAACUUGGCUCAACUUUUGGCCUCGAUUUCCUUACGAAAUAAUAGAAAAUGGUCAAAAAUACUGCGCGGUUCUGACAGUUUUUAAGAGCCGUGUUAAAGAAUUGACUAACAUCAAUUAAAUCGAAUUUUCGUUUAUGAGAGAUUAUUAAAUGAUCAAAACCAGAUUGCUGAUCGUGGAAUUAUUUCAAAUCUUCAUAUGAAAUAACAUCAAGAUAGUAAUAUUCGAAAAUCAAACAAUUUUUUCCAACAGAAAUGCGGAAAUCAAAGAUUUGCUCAAAAAUUCGACAAUUUCGGAUGAUGAAAAGGCUUCGAAAUCAUCGAAAUGGGCCAAACUUCCAGCUGAUAUUCGACCAGUUUUUGAAAUGAUGUUCGCGCAAGCUUUGACACAUGUCAAGAAAUCUGUUGAUUUGGAGUUCUCAUCGAAUAAACAAAUUAACGAUUUCAAAUCGAAACUUGAGACCAAAAAGAAGCAAGAGGACAAGAAGAAAAAGGACGAUGAAGAAAUGAAACAAAAAUAUCGCCAGCUCACGGAAAAUUUGGAAGAAGCCAAGGCUGGAGUGCAUCAACACGUAAGUUUCAGUUUCAUUUCAUUCCUACAUGUUAUUAUAAUCAGAAUAUUUUAGAUCUCUUUCAUUCUUGGUCUCAUCAAACAAGAAAAAGUUGAUGAAGCAGCUUUAGCUCGUUUCGAAGCACUUCGAAAUCAAUAUUGCGAUGUUGAACAAAAGAUAAAAAAAGCAAGAGUAAGUUGAUUAUCGAAUAAUGAUCAAAAAUAUUCAAUUAAAAAUUAUUUCAGCGCCGAACAACUCAUGCUGUUGGAUUGACACCAAAACCGGAAUUGAAGAGAAAUGAGCGAGCUAGAAGAGCUGUUGUUCAAUAUGGAAAUGUUGUCUGCUCAGCUGAUUUGACACUUGGCGAUUCGGUUUCGGAAUCAAGAAGACAUAAACGAUCUUCGAUUGAUGUCAACAAACAAUCGGAUGAAUUUGUUAAAAGGUAAUUUUGAAUGUAAACCUUACAUUAAUCAAGUUUUCAACAAAAAAAUUUCAGAAAAGUUGCAAUGUCUCCAAUUCGCUUCGAUGAUGAAACAAGAUUAUCGGAAGGCGAUGAAAAUGAAAGUUUGGAAGGCACACGAAUUUUGGGAACAACAUUUGUCAAAGAUGCCAAUACUCCAACAACAUCGCAACAAAAUGGAACAUUUGUGAUUGCACCAUUGGAAGAAGAAGAAGACGAUGAAAUUAAAUCAUCGAUGGUCACAAAAAGAAGAUCGAGGAGAACCGAUCUCGGACCGGUCAAUUGA